AUGGCAGAGCAAUAUUUCUUUGACCCCGGGCGUUGCUGUAACGGGUAUGAUUACAGGAUGACCCCUUCACCUCCUUAUUCUCGAGUAUCGUCCUCACGACUUGAUCACACGCAUAACAGGGAUAUUGUAAGAAGAAGAUCUUACUACAUCUUCUUGUGGCAUUCUGAGGAAGAAGAAGCAUCAGUAGCUACUCGUGUAGUUCCCACAAAGGUGGACACUGUGGGAUCCAAUGACAGCCUGGUCGGCUUAGCAGUUACAAUGGAAGAGGAACUGAGCAGAGGGCGAUCUGAAGGAUCAAGGCCGCGGAAACCUUUGAGAGGUGCCCCUCCUUCUUCGUUAAGUCAACCUACCUACUCUGAUUGUUCUCGAUCUUCCUCUCCCUCUAAAUUUAACAGGGCUUCUUCAAAUACUACACCAUGGCUACGAAGUCCUGCUCCGACAAGAGCGAAAAAUCUACCUAUCUCAUCAACCCCUCGAAUCCCUACAACUGAACGGAAGCCCCUUGCCAAUUACUACAAGGCGCGCGACGAACAGCAAGACGUCGCUACCUUGCUUAGAAGGAGACAACCGUUAGGCGGUCAUGCAGUUACAUUCCAACAUCAUCGAUUCCUACCUCGUAACACGGCGAACGCUCCAUCUUCUUCUCCGAGUUUUCAACCUCAAUUUCCAUCCUCGGAAACCCAUCACACCCCUAGCUCCACUUUCCACCCUGAGACGAGCAACGGGUUCAAGGGAUCUCCCAUGGCAAGACUCAUCUUACAGUACAAGGAGUCAAGUGAUGAGGAUAUAUCUACACACCAACGUGCAGUUAACCUUUCGGUGAAAAAAUCUUUGCUGAUGAGUGAGAUAGUUGAGUCCAAAGGAUCUCAGAGGAGUUAUACGUUGCAUCCGACGUUAUUGAAAGAUAUCACUCAAGUAGUAGGCGAAUUACAGAUUUUCCUAGAGAGAACGUCCGCUCUGAUCCCUGAGCGGAAAUCCUACUACAAGGUAGACCCUAGGGAUACGUUCCUGUCUAUCCUAAGGGAAUCUUCCGACGCAGGUCAAUUACAAGCUGCGUGGAUGGCUGGUGUUUGCGCAGGAGAAUUUAUGGAAAUAUGA